AUGCAAUGCUCCUCUGCUGGUCAGUUUAAUAGUCAUGAUUCACUAAUCAAACAUGUACGAACAUUUAGUGCUUCAAAUGGUUAUGGCAUAUCUAUUAUAAGAUCGAAACCAAAUAAAGAGAUACUGUCUUCACUUUAUCAAAAUGAUCCUUCAAUUUCUACAAUGUCACAAGAUGUAUAUAAUAUUCGCAAAAAACUUCAUCGAGAAAACUUGAAAGGUCAUACACCUAUUCAAGAACUUGUAGAGAAGCUUGACAAAAAAUUGAUGCAUACUUAUUCUUCUGUAUUGUUAAUAGAUUGUACUUACAAGACUAAUAAAUUUAAGCUACCUCUUCUUAACAUAGUAGGUGUAACUAGUUUUAAUACUACGUUUUUUGCAUGUUUUAUUUUUAUGAAAGAUGAAAAAAGAGAAGAUUAUUUGUGGGCACUUAUUCAAGUGUCUUGCUUAUUUGAUAACUCUGAGUCAUCUAAAGUUUUUGUAACAGAUCACGAAUUAGCACUUAUAUAUACAAUCCAUGAUAUAUUUCCAAACUCAAAGAAUAUUCUUUGUAGAUGGCAUGUGGAAAAAAAUAUCUUGACUAAAUCAUUUUCCUUAAGAAAAAUAUAUGAACAAUAUCUUAAAGCUCUACAAGCAACUUCCGCCAACUCACUUGAACCUUGCACUAACCAAUCAUUAAAUCUUGAUAAUAUUCAUCAUUACUGGUGGAUUGAAGACAAUCAACUACUCCUACAAAAACAAAAUAGAAUUAAUGAUCAUUCAUUACCACAAUUGUUGCAAGACUUUAAUCAGCAAUACGAUAUCUGGUUAGCUUCACAACAAACAGCAGAUCGUCAUAAGCUGUCUGAGUUAAUCAAAGAACCAAUGCUUUUGUUAGAUCUAAUGGUACAACAACAUAUUAGAGGAUGA